AUGUACGACGCACAAUACCAUCCACCAAAUGCCGAUUUGCAGGCUUCCCUCAAAGGCCUACUUCUUGAUCUUCGGUCCUAUCGGGAAAUCAAGAGUUGGAAACAAGACGACUGGUCCGGUGACGGUGGUGGUAAGAUCACGGGUGCGGAUAAAGCCGGCGAUGACGGACUAAUGUCGAUAGACAUCGAAUACGUCGCAAGCGUGGCGGCAAUGGAAUGGAGCGUACCAGCGGACAAGGAAGAGGAGGUCAUGAAAUACUACAGAGAAGUCGUCGGCCCAACAAUAUCUAGUUCACCAGACGUACUGCGGUUUCGCCUCUUCGAGGUCGACAACGCAACAACGAUGCAGGGCGGAAAGUUCGAGACCAAAGACAAGAAAGAGCUACACAGAUACUUUACGCUCGUCGAGCUAGAGUCUGAGCAGUGGCCAUGGGACGUGGUCGUCGAUCUCGCGGAGGAUAAGGAAUGGAAGGACUACUUCGAGAGUCAGCAAGUAGUGAAAUGGCAACUUAGUCACUACUUGAUGAAGAGGGCGUAUGGCGUACCGGAAAGCAAGGCCUCUGCAUCGAGCUAA